CACAGAUGACCCCCUCGCUCUCCAUGGAGGCCGUUGCCGCGGUGGAGGACGCCUUCCUACGUGGUGAAUGGACGCAGGCCCUCAACGACAGCCGCAGCAUCCUCGCAGCGCGCAUCGUGCAGCACCGGCAGGAAGAAGAAACCCCAGUUGGCUCGGCAGUUAUGGCCGUGGAAGAGGAGCGCGUGCUGUCCGUGUAUCUCCAGGCGGUGUUCGAGCUGGACCUGGACGACGAAGUGGAGACGGCGGCGACAAUUGCUCGAGCUUUUGCACCGCUGCCAAGUGGAAUUGCCAUUCAGUGGAGCAAAUUCCUAGUGGCCAUGAACCGACGAUCAAUGGCGACACAGGCUCUGCGAGACCUACUGGAGUGCUACGCUGUGGAUGGAGGAGUGACUUUCACUACGGAGCAAUAUACCGCAGCUGCUGAAGUGCUGGCGUUGCAGUUGCUUCUGCCUGAUGAGGGAAUUGAGGCGGCGCGGCAAUUCGUCACUGGGGACAGUGUGCUGGAUGAUGGAGCCAAACUGCAACUGCUUCGUCGGCUUCAAGCUGCACACUUGGCUACGCAGGAGUCUGGCAAGGUUGCUGAGCAGCCUUCGGUGGCGAACCAGACGACGAGGGGAGAACGGCAGUUAAAUGAUGCCUUUUAUCAGUCUGCAUCGAGUGGAGAUAAUGGACUGCAGCGACGUGGCAAGGAGCAGGGUGAUGACGACAGUUCGAGCUACGUUAUGCUCGGUGGCACUGCCAUUGCAUUGGCUGUCGCAGCUGCAGGUGCGCUGCGUUACCGCGAGAAGAUUCACGAGUGCGUCUCCAACGCGAUCCCGGCGAUCUCCAAAGGGCUGGCGGAUGCGAAGUAUGCUCUGUUCGAAGCAUAA